UCUACCAGACCUGACGAAACUGCGAAUGUUUUUAUUUAAUCGAGCGAGCGCGACGAUAAUUAAAAUUUUACGGAGAUGCGUAAUGACAGCCGAAUAUAACAAGAGCGUAGUUUCCGAUAAAAAUGGCUAGAUUUUUGCAACGAGUGAUUGCAAGUAUCGCGUUGAAAUCUCAGCCUCGAAAGUUGCAGGUUGUGAGGUGCGUUUCGUCGCAGCAUCUGACGGAAUAUUCAUCUUCUGUCCAGUUUUCGACGCAAAAGAGAUGGGUGCACAAAAAUAUAGAUGAGGAAGAUACGGAUGUGUUGCGGGAUCACACCUGCGAGGUAUCGAAUUUUGACGAUUAUCUGACAAAUUACAAGCCCAUCGUCAAGGUUAUGAUACAGACUCUCAGAGAAAUAUUGGAUAUAUCAUUGCCGGAAGCGAAUAAAAUAAUUAUAGAUUAUCCGCAAUUGAAAAAAAGAUCUAGGGCGAAUGUUCUGAACAAUUAUUAUAAUUUGUUAGAAAGAGGUGUUCAAAAAAGUACUAUUAGGAGAAACGUCUGGCUGUUGGCGCACGAGAACAAUAAAAUUGAAGAUAAACUCAAGUGCAUCGAUGCUCUCAAUAUGAAUAACGAUCACCUUGUGUCGUGGUUACGCUUGACUCAGGAAGAACUCGAAAAUUAUGUACAUUAUUGUCAAAAUGACAUGUAUUUCUAUACAUAUAACAAAGUAGAAUAUCUCGCUGAUAGAUUGAAGUGUAGCAUAGAAAAGUUGGCUGAAUUAACAGUGCGAUAUCCAUUUAUACUCAAAAUCCCAAUUUCAUUCUUGGAGAAAAAAUUAAAUGUAUUGCAAGAAUAUAAUGUGAAUAAUGAGCGUAUACUAAAUGAUUUGUGGGUACUUCGAUAUAGUGAAAAUCAUAUUCGUCACAGAUGUGAAUUGUACAAGGACACAGGAAACUUGGAGAUAAGACCAUGGGCCAUAAGAUGUCCACUUCGAGUUAUAGCAAGAGCUGUUGAAAGAAAUUACAUAAGACGCGGCUUACUGAAAUCUCACACUACUGUCAGUGAAUAUUUAUUAACCAAAUUGAAGGUUAAUGAGGAAACUCUUGAUCUUGCCCUCACGAAAUGGCCGCAUAUUUUACGUAUAAAUCUAUCGAAAUUAGAUCGGAUAAUUAAUCUAUUACAUCAAAAUAGAAUUUGUAGCAAAGAGAUUUUACGAAAUGAUCGUAUUUUUUAUUUCAACACGGAAACCAUAAAGAAUCGCAUUGAGAUUUUAAAGAAAAAUAAUAUUGCUCCAACACUAACUCUUUUAGUAUUAUCCGAAUGCGCAUUUGAAAGAAAUAUAAAGAAGAUCCUUUUGCAACAAGAGGUGUUGAAAGAAUAUAGUGUUAAAGAAUAUUUAGUGAAAAAAUUAAACAUCAGUGAACAGACUCUUGAAAAAACAAGUAAAAAGUGGCCGUCUGUCUUGCGAGUGAAUGUACAUAAAUUAGACCAAUUGAUUAGUAUGCUGCAACAGUACGGUAUAAAAGGUGACGAAAUAAUACGUUAUCCGCGGGUAUUUUUCUUUAACUUGGAAACGCUACGCGAGCGACUUGAAAUACUGAGAGCAGCGAAGUUGAUACCAAAAGUCAAUUUAUUAACGUACAGUAGGAAAAGCUUUGAUAAGUAUGUAAGAUUACAUUAAUUUAAACAGCAUUAACAUUUCAAAAUUAAUGUAUUUUAUUAUUACCUUCAUCUUUUUUUAUAAAACUUAUAAAAUCUAUAUAUUAGGUCUACCGGAAA